UAAAACGGGAAUUGCAGUCAGUUUAUAACUUCGAAAGGCGAAGCAUUACACAGGACCCCGCAACAUCAGUGCUGAGCUGACGGCACCCGAGACGGCAGCCCUCCCUGGCCACGUUCGAGUCGUCCUUUUCCCUCGUCCACUUCGUUGCGUCGACGGCCAUCCUUGGCGAAAUCCAGGGCAUGUCCUAUGAUCACGUCGAUGCACAGCAGCAGCACCUCCAUGCCAUGUCUGCGUACGGCGGCAACGGAGGUAGCUAUCCACAACACUACGACCACGUCGCCAUGGUCAUCCCUUCUCCCUUCGACCCACAUCCCAACCACCAACAGCCCCAUGCAGGAAGCCACUUGUCUUCAUCUACGACCCACAGCGUUACCAUGCACCACCCACACGGCAUGCACGAGCAACCUAGCCAUGCCAAGCACCAUCCCAACACCCAUAUGCACCACCAACAUCCUCCGACUCAGCAGCUCGCGUCGUACACGUCCUUCCAGUCCAACAACCCCUACGAAUCGACCAUGUCGCUCAAACGAAAGUCCCCGAUGUUCCAGGGCAACGACCAGUCGCCGUCGCCGUAUGCGUUUGUCCAAGCAGCCGCCUCCAUGCCAGACACCCACCUUCCUUCGGCUCCAACGCAUCAUAUACCUCCGACAUCGCCGCUCGAGUCGUCGUCGGUCUGCGACCUUUGCAAGCACUCGGACCCGAUACUUUACAUUCCAGACUGUGGCCACACAUUCCACUCGCGAUGUAUUGGCGAGUGGCCGAUGGUGACGUGUCCCACGUGCCAUGGCGGCGUGCCCAAAGUUGCUGUCGUCCAUGUCGACAUGCAGACCAAGACGGUCCCGCGCAGUGGCAAGUGGACGAAGCAAGAAGAGAAGUUUGUCAACUUGAUCGUGGACGAGUUUGACCAUGGGACGUUUCCGCUCGCAAACGGUACCCCCGUCCGCCUCGUCCUCGCCAAGCUCCUCAAUUGCUCGCCCAUGCGGUUGUCCAAGAAAUUUCAAAAGAACGCGCUUGGAAAACGGACGUACCGUGUGCCGAAAUCGACCCACGCCGCGCCAAACGGCUCCCGCAUUUGCUUUGACGCGGCGACGCACCAGGCGCGGCAGAUCGAGUUCUCCGCGUCCGAGCAAGCAUUUCGGGAAGAAGUCGUGCUGCUCCAGCGAAAAGACAACAAAAUGGACGGCCACAUCGAAGUUCGAGACCUCCGCCUGGCUGUUGUCCAGUUUUGGGUGGCCAACUUCCUCAAGUUUGCCCUCUCCGUGGGCCAGCAAGUCGACGGGCUCGACACAACCGAGCCCAAAAAGAAGAAGCAAACCAUGCAGAAGCUGCGGGACGGCAUGUUUGACCAAGUUCUGUCGUGGGCUGCGUCCGAGAAGAAGGAAGCUGCCGACGGGGCCAUGACCCACAGACCGUUGCCUCCUCCCACGUCCCAUGAGCCGCCACAGCCAUCGACCCCGUGGGAUGAAACCUACUUUAAGAGCGAGAGUUUCAAACCCUACGGCCCGAUGGACAACGAAAACUACUCUGUCGACGACCCGACUGACCACAACUAUGACGAACCCGUGCCGUUCCACAACCACGAGUACAAGCUCCCCCCGCACGCACCUCAACCGGCCUCUCACCACCACCAUCCGCAUCCUGGACCCAUGCAGCACGCCCAGGCGCAUCACAACUUGGUGGCAUCUUUCGGUCGAGACGACGCAGGUGGCCCCUUGUAUGGCGGUGGGUACGGUGGGUCGUACAAGCGCCCCAUGCUGCGAGAACAUACGCCUGCACCACCUAGCCACCACCAGCAGCAGCGCAUGGCACUGACUCCUCUAUCGGUCCGAGGCGGCGCCAGUGGUUCGAUGCGAUCAUCCCAGCUCCAAGCAACCAACUCGUACAUGCCGGACACAACAAUGACCUACGAGCCCGUGGACCACAACAGCUCCAGUGCAGACUUGGAUGGACUGUUGAUGGGAGGCAGCACGCCAUCCCUUCGGCCGCAGCCGCCUCCGUCUCUCCAUCAGCUGCAGCUGCACCAAACGCUUCCUCCAUCGUCCUCUACCACGUACGACGCAAUGGACCCGAUGCCAACCAACUCGUCGUGGGACCAAAUGCUCGACGACUUCACCGGCAUCAACUCCCAGCUCGUCGUUGACCAGGCGCUGAAUACAGGGUCGUGGUUAUAGCGUCGUCCUUCUUCGCCCACUUAACCUAUUAACACUCUUUUUUAUUUGGAGGAAAAUCGGAGCAAUUUCUCCAGCAA